AGUUUGCAAAAAACAACAACUUUGAGGAUAAUAUACUGUCACAUAAUGGAGAAGUACUUAAUAAUUCUGUUCAAAAGAUGCAAAAUCAAUUAGAUGCUAAAUUCAACUCAGUCAGUAUAUCUAAAUCUGCAGAUGAUCAUCAGUUUUCACAACAUCAACAUAUGAUAUCACAAAAUAGUCAUUUACCACUUUUUCCGAUUUUUUUAAAGCAGUCGCAUUCACAAUAUCUGAAUUUAUCGAACGACAUAAAAGCAAAGCAAUCUCAGCAUUAUCAAAAGUUAACAGAUCAGUCAAUGUGGUCCUCGGCAAUAGCAGCUGCACACAUACAAGUUGCUUUAGCUGCAGCUGCUGCUGCAGCUUGUACCCAUAGUGAAUGUAAAUCCAAUAGUCCAGAAAACCUGUCAGUAAGCGAAAUUGCAAUGACGGUCUCACCGAAAGAAUCACAUGAAAUAUUGCAAUCUCAAAUAAAAAUUGAUGAAGAUGAUAAUACUAAAGAUGUCGAAAAUCAAUACUCAUCAGUUCUAUAUAUAAAAAAUAAUACAACCCCACCUGAAACUUCGGAACUUGUCGAUGGUACAAAAGUCACCUCCAGUAUGCAUUCGAAUUCAAAUGGUUCUUCUUCAGGAAAUCAUGAUAUACAAACAGUUUUUAAUAUUGUGCUAGAACAACAAUUUAAUCAAGCAAAGGAUUAUAAUAUUGAUGCAGAAACCCCACUUAAUCUUUCUAAGCCAAGAAUUUGUUUUAACGACAACGCAUCUUUAUCAGAAAAUCAAAAAAUUACAUUGCGUUCUACUGAUUUAUUGCAGCGAGAAAGUAUUGAUAACUUAUCACUGCAGUGGCAAAAUAUUUCAACUGAAGCAUUACAUGUAAUGGGCAAUCUAUCAGCAAAUGCAGAUCUCCGUGAUAACACUAUAAUCAGAGCACCGUCUGCGGCUACAGAAAUAGGAGUUGGAGUAGAGGACAUCCCACAGUUAGUUCCUUAUUCUGUAUCACAAAUUUCACCCCAUCAACACCGUCAACUUACUCCUAGUUCUUCACAACAUACAACUAAAAGAGAAGAAGUAUAUAAUGCAUCAAAAUCUGAGAUUUUUAACGAUUCAAAAGCAAACUUUUUAACUGGUCGUUUAUGGAAUUCUUUAGAUGAUCCCUUGUCCACAGCAACACAUACAAAUCACCAUCAAAAACAAUUUUAUCAACAUUCAGCUACAGAAGAUACAUGCAUAAAUAGCAGAGUUGAUAUUUCGCAUAAUUUAUGCUCUUCUAGCACAGCUCGGGAUACUAGUAAUACCUUCAUGAGAAACUAUGAAUUACCUUUAUCCAUUGAACACAUGUCUUCUUGCAUUCCAUACCAACAACAUAAACAAACUUAUGCUAACUUACGGCAUCAGCAUCAACAAGAGCAAUUAGCAUGCAAACAGCAAAAACAAUUGCCUCAAGAAAUUAGUCUUACUGUGAAAGAUAAUAGUAGUAAUACUCUAACUCACACACACAACCACCAUAGUAAGCCCCAUAUUAAACGACCAAUGAAUGCCUUCAUGGUAUGGGCUAAAGAUGAACGGCGAAAAAUUUUAAAAGCAUGUCCAGACAUGCACAAUUCAAAUAUUUCUAAAAUUUUAGGUGCUAGAUGGAAAGCUAUGUCUAACGCUGAUAAGCAACCAUAUUAUGAGGAACAAUCCCGUCUUUCAAAAUUACAUAUGGAACAGCAUCCCGACUACCGUUAUAGACCGCGACCGAAGCGAACAUGUAUUGUAGAUGGUAAAAAAAUGAGAAUUUCGGAGUACAAGAUGUUAAUGCGAAAUCGACGUGCUGAAAUGCGACAACUUUGGUGUAGAAGCGCUGGAGCUUCAAAUAUAGUAAGCUCUGUUAAUUUAAGAAGCCCACCCGUAGAAAAUGUUGAUAAUAUUCAAAGCUGCAUGAACUCUGUUUACCAUGUACAGGAAAGAGACCAACUUGGAUCCUUACCGCAAAUAAUGAAUCAUGGUUGCAGUUCCAUAAUUGAAAGAACAACACCGCCAUGUGAUAUGACAAGUUGUGGUAGUAGUAGCGGGUAUUAUUACCCUCCGGACAGCUUAUCACCAUCGGGAUUUUCUUCAGAAAAUGCGACAAGUUUUGAUUCUCAUGAUGGUGACUAAUGCCAAGUAGUAUUGUAGUAAAAAUAUCCCUUCAAAAACCAUGGCGCUACUUUACAAUAUAAAAUGCUGAUCACUGUAACGUCAAGACGUGAAGUUUGGUUUAUUUGCUGACAAUCAAAUUAAAGCAAACCCCACAAUUUCAAUACCUAAACAAACAAAUUUGAUUUCUUUUUGUAUUGAUUUGAUUAUAUUCAUUUUACAAAAAAUUGAAAAAAUAUGAGAGGUGUUCACCUUUACGAGCAAUAAGCUUGAUAGCUAGUAAAUGAGUAAUCUGUUAAAGCACGUUCAAGCUGCGUCAUUAAUAACAACUAAUGACAUUUGACUCUUUAUUACUUUUCAUUUAAUUUCAACACUGCCAGGUUUCAUAUAACUUACA